CACAAAGCGCCGUUGGUCCGGCCAGGUCGCGAACAAAACUCCGAGAAAAGCGCCCAAAAUAAUAAGAAACCCACAACAAAACCAAUUCAACUCGUGAUCUUUAAUAUAACGACACGAGGGCUCCACCAUGGGCGACAUGUUUCGCAGCGAGAAGAUGGCCCUGUGCCAGUUGUAUGUGCAGCCAGAGGCUGCGUACGCCUCCAUAGCCGAGCUGGGCGAGAUGGGCUGUGUGCAGUUCCGAGAUCUGAACGAUCAGGUCAACGCCUUUCAGCGCAGAUAUGUGAGCGAGGUGCGGCGCUGCGACGAGAUGGAGCGCCGAGUGCGCUACAUAGAGGGCCAGCUGCGCAAGGACGACAUCAAGAUGCCACAUCUGGAUGCUGAGGAGGAGCCGCCGGCGCCAAACCCACGCGAGAUCAUCGAUCUGGAGGCGCAGCUGGAGAAGACUGAGAACGAGCUGCACGAAAUGUCUUCGAACAGCGCCAGCCUGAACGCCAACUUCCGGCACAUGCAGGAGCUGAAGAGUGUGCUGGAGAACACCGAGGGCUUCUUCUCCAGCCAGGAGAUCAUGAACUUGGACUCAAAUCGACCGAUGGAAUCCGAUGAUCCAGCGGCCACACAAUCGGCCGCCCAACGCGGCCAGCUAUCCUUUGUGGCCGGCGUCAUCAAGCUGGAGCGUUUCUUCAGCUUCGAGCGGAUGCUGUGGCGCAUCUCGCGUGGCAACAUCUUCUUGAGGCGCAGCGACAUCAGCGGCCUGUGCGAGGACGACGAGACCGGCCACCCGGUGCUGAAGACCGUCUUCGUGGCCUUCUUCCAGGGCGAGCAGCUGAAGCAGCGCAUCAAGAAGGUCUGCGUGGGCUACCACGCCGAAGUUUAUCCCUGCCCCAGCUCAGCUGCCGAGCGCGCCGGCAUGAUCAAGGACGUGAGCAUGCGAAUCGAGGACUUGAAGAUGGUGAUCAACCAGAGUGCGGAUCAUCGCAGUCGCGUGCUGAGCUCCGCGGCCAACCACCUCGCUCGCUGGACCAUCAUGGUCAAGAAGAUGAAGGCCAUCUAUCACACACUCAACUACUUCAAUCCGGACGUAACGGGCAAGUGCCUGAUCGGCGAGGGCUGGGUGCCCGUCCGGGAUCUGCCCACGGUGCAGCAGGCGCUCUCGCGAGGCGCCAAGAUCUCCGAGUCGACCAUUCCGGCCUUCAUGAACGUCAUCUCCACCAACGAGCAGCCGCCCACGUUUACGCGCACGAACAAGUUCACCAGCGGCUUCCAGAACCUGAUCGACGCCUACGGCAUGGCCUCGUACCGGGAGGUCAAUCCGGCUCUCUACACGUGCAUCACAUUUCCGUUUCUGUUCGCCGUGAUGUUCGGCGACAUGGGCCACGCCCUGGUAUUGAUCGCCUUUGCCGCCUUUCUGAUCAUCAAGGAACGCCAGCUGGCCUCCAUCAAGGAGGAGAUAUUCACGAUAUUCUUUGGCGGCCGCUACAUCAUACUACUGAUGGGUCUCUUCUCGAUCUACACCGGCCUGAUCUACAACGACGUCUUCUCCAAGUCCAUGAACAUAUUCGGAUCCGGCUGGCGGAAUCAGUACAACACCUCCACAGUCACCGAUCACUCCACGCCCUACCUGACCCUGCGGCCGAACAUUAGCAAUUUCAAGACCUAUCCCGUGGGCGUGGACCCCAUCUGGCAGCUGGCCGACAACAAGAUCAUCUUCCUGAACACCUUCAAGAUGAAGCUCUCGAUUAUCUUCGGUGUCUUCCACAUGAUCUUCGGCGUGUGCAUGUCGGUCGUGAAUUUCAUACACUACAAAAAGUACGCCAGCAUCAUUCUGGAGUUCGUGCCGCAGGUGCUGUUCCUGCUGCUGCUGUUCGGCUACAUGGUCUUCAUGAUGUUCUUCAAGUGGGUCACCUACAACGAUAGCAGCAGGGACCAGUCCCUGUCGCCGGGCUGUGCACCCUCCAUUCUCAUAUUGUUCAUCAAUAUGAUGCUGUUCGGGCACCAGGAGCCACUGGAUGGCUGCAAGGAGUACAUGUUCGAGGGCCAGGACAUGAUUCAAACGGUCUUCGUGAUCGUGGCCGUCAUCUGCAUACCCUGGAUGCUGCUGGGCAAGCCGCUCUACAUCAAGGCCACGCGACCCAAGCAAUUGCCGGCGCCCAACCAAGCCGCUGCGCCCUCUGGCGGUCAUGGCCAUGGCCAUGGCGACAACGAGCCCAUGAGCGAGGUGUACAUCCAGCAGGCCAUACACACCAUCGAGUAUGUGCUCAGCACGAUCUCCCAUACGGCCUCCUAUCUGCGACUCUGGGCCUUGUCGCUGGCUCAUGCACAGCUCUCGGAGGUGCUGUGGAACAUGGUGUUCUCGAACGGCUUCCGCUUCUCCAACUACACGGGCUGCAUAGCGGUGUUCAUAGUGUUCGGCGCCUGGUCCGUGCUCACCGUGGGCAUUCUGGUGCUCAUCGAGGGUCUGUCGGCCUUCUUGCACACACUGCGCUUGCAUUGGGUCGAAUUCAUGAGCAAGUUCUAUGAGGGCGCCGGCUAUGCCUUUGCGCCGUUCAGCUUUAAGCAAAUACUGGAGGAUGAUGGCGAGAACUAGGGCGCGGGUCGCACUAUUCAAACGAGUUGUGAAAGCUUUUGCAAAUGUUGUUUCUUUACAGUUAUUUGGGACAAGAAUAAAUUCGUUUUUCAUAUGCA